AAGACUGUGAUUGAUGUUUUAAGUUUCUAACAUACGGUAAUGCAAUCAAAGCAAGUUAUCCGAAUAAAUCGGAAUAUCGGGCGGACGUAGAAAGAAACCUUUUAAGUGAUAUUAGAGAUAUACCAUUUAUUUUUUAAAUACCAUUAUGGCUCUUCGCAAAGUAAAAGGAAAUUUUGAACGUAUGUUCGAUAAAAACUUGACCGAUUUAGUACGUGGAAUUAGGAAUAAUAAAGAAAAUGAGGCAAAAUAUAUUGCACAGUGUAUAGAAGAAAUUAAACAAGAAUUACGACAAGAUAAUGUUGCAGUCAAAGCAAAUGCUAUAGCAAAGCUAACAUAUCUUCAAAUGUUGGGAUAUAAUAUUAGCUGGGCUGGUUUCAAUAUAAUUGAAGUGAUGUCAUCUGCAAAAUUUACAUAUAAACGAAUUGGAUAUUUGGCUGCAAGUCAAAGUUUUCAUGCAGAUACAGAACUUUUGAUGUUAACUACCAAUAUGAUUCGCAAAGACCUAAACAGUCAAAAUCAAUAUGAUGCUGGUUUGGCUCUGAGUGGUCUAUCUUGCUUUAUAAGUUCAGACCUUGCACGUGAUUUAGUUAAUGAUAUAAUGACAUUAUUAACAUCUACUAAGCCAUAUCUACGCAAAAAAGCUGUGUUAAUGAUGUACAAAGUUUUUUUGCGAUUUCCAGAGGCCUUAAGGCCUGCUUUUCCUAGAUUGAAAGAAAAAUUGGAAGAUCCAGAUAGUGGUGUACAAAGUGCUGCUGUUAAUGUAGUUUGUGAAUUAGCAAGAAAAAAUCCAAAAAACUAUUUAAGUUUAGCACCUGUUUUUUUUAAACUCAUGACAACCUCUACCAAUAAUUGGAUGCUAAUAAAAAUUAUUAAACUGUUUGGCGCAUUGACACCUCUAGAACCUAGGCUUGGCAAAAAAUUAAUAGAACCCCUUACAAAUUUGAUACACAGUACAUCAGCCAUGUCCCUAUUAUAUGAAUGCAUAAAUACAGUAAUAGCUGUAUUAAUAUCAAUUUCGUCUGGUAUGCCAAAUCACUCUGAUUCAAUACACUUAUGUGUUCAAAAAUUGAGGAUAUUGAUAGAAGAUUCAGAUCAAAACUUAAAGUAUUUGGGACUGUUAGCAAUGUCAAAAAUUUUAAAAACUCAUCCAAAAAGUGUACAAGCUCAUAAAGAUCUUAUAAUGCAAUGUUUGGAUGAUAAAGAUGAAAGUAUAAGAUUGCGUGCCUUAGAUUUAUUAUAUGGAAUGGUUUCAAAGAAAAAUUUAAUGGAAAUAGUUAAAAAGUUAAUGGUGCACAUGGAUAAAGCUGAAGGCACUGCUUAUAGAGAUGAACUACUAUCAAAGAUCAUUCAGAUCUGUUCACAAAAUAAUUACCAGUUUGUUACUUAUUUUGAAUGGUACAUAUCUGUAUUAGUUGAACUUACCCGAAUGGAAGGUACCAAACAUGGACCAUUAGUAGCAACUCAAUUACUUGAUGUAGCAAUUCGCGUACAAGCUAUACGAAAAUAUGCAGUUCAACAAUGUGCUUUAUUAUUAGAAAACUCUUACCUUUUAACAGGUCAACCAAGAGCAACUAUGUCUGAAGUUUUAUAUGCUGCUGCAUGGAUUUGUGGAGAGUUUUCUAGUGAACUAGAAGAUCCUAUAGCAACAUUACAAUCAAUGUUACGAUCACAAGCCUCUAGUUUACCAGGACAUAUUCAAGCUGUUUAUGUUCAUAAUAUUCUAAAACUUGCUACAGCAACAUUGUGCAAGGCAGAAAAAGAUGGAGAUACUGAAACUAUGGAACAGGUGCCAGUUCCUGAGGAUCUAGAUUUAGAUUCAUGGAUAAAUGAUCCUCCAUCCGAAAGUUCAGAUUCAGAAGAUUUAGACAUGAAUGACAUCUUUAUUAAGACCGAAAAAACAAAUGAUUCUUAUUCUAAACGAGAAUUUAAUGAGCCAUCAGCAGAAGAACUUCAGAAACGACGGGAAGCUAGAAAAUUAGAACAGCAAAAUAAUCCACACUAUUUGAAAGGCACAUUCAAAAAUUCUACAUCAUAUCAUAACUCAUCAAGUAUUUAUGAAGAGUUUGAAAACAUUCCUGUAGCAGAAUUAGAUAUUCCAAUGUCCUUAAAAAUUACAAAUAACCAUAAAAGAUAUAAAAUACAUAGCAAGAAAAAGAAGAAUUCUAAGAAAAGUAAAAAGCCUGUUUCAGAAGAUGAACAGGAUGAUAUUUAUCCUGUUCAAGUGGUGAAUACUGGAAUAGGCGAAUUACCACCAGGUGCAGAACUAAGUGAUAGCGAUGAUUAUGAUCAGGUGGAUAUAAAUGAUCCACACAGAGCUCUAAAUAUAGAUCUAGAUCUACCUUUGAGAGAUGAUGAAAGAUUACCUGUUUUAGAACAUAGAGGACAUAAAAAAUCCAAGAAAAAAGUUAAAGAAAUUAAAAAAAAACGUCAUGACAAUCAGUUAGAGUUUACUGAUAUUAUGUGGUUGGUAAAUUCAUCAGAAAAAAUUGAGUCUUCUGUUGCUGAUGAGUAUAAUGAGGUUUUUAGUGAAAAAGAAUUAGAACGGAAAGAUGUUAAACACAAAAAGUCAAAAAACGAAGAUAAAUAUAAGAAAAUAAACGAGGAUUCGAAGCAUCGAAAAUUAAAGAAACCUAAAAGUAAAAAAGAAUCUUCAAAAAAAUCUUCAGAUUAUGAAGAAACAGCUGGAAUCUCAACACCGUCUAAAGAAAUAUUACCAUAUUCUGAAAAUAGUAUAAGUUUGGUGCAACCCCUUACUUCAUAUGAAGGAUUAGCUAAAAAUAAAAUGCUUUCUAUGAUGUAUGAAUUAAAACAUGUACCACAUCAAUCAAAUAAACUAAUUGCCUCAAUUCUCAUUACAAAUAAUAGUCAAUUUCUUAUACAGGACUUAAUGUUUGACGUUCCAGAUACAUCGUCACACAGAUUAAUGAGAAACACUGAAGACAAAUUGGGCGUGAAACUACCAUUCGAACUGCCUCCAAAAACCAGUAAAGAAACACAGUUUACUAUAAUAAUCUCAAAUGUAACAUUUGCCCAAAAGUUAAGAGGCACGCUUACAUAUACAGUAGGAACCAAAACAGCUGGAUUUUAUGAUAAACUUGAGUUUACUAUGUAUUUGGCGUGCAGUAAGUUUAUGGUCGGUCAUCUCCCUCAUAAACAUAUAUUAACAGAGUUACUUAUAAGUGGUCAUCUUGUAUACAAAGUCAAAAAAGAAAUUGUUCUCUCUCAAGAUUUUGAUGCAACUUUAAAUUUAAUUUGCUACAAGUGUAAUCUUACUCUUGUGGAACGAAUAAACGAUACUGCAUCUUUGUAUGGACGCAAUUUAAAGGGACAUCAUGUGUAUCUUUUAUUAAAAUGUAACAAGGCAUCAAGUAAUUUGGUUAUUGAAGGUAAAGGUAACAAUAACACGUUGUUGUCGGGAAUUGCAGAAGAAAUUUUGAGGAUCCUAACAUAAUAUUGAUAUAAAGCAGUGUCCGUAUUUUAUGAGUCCUAUCCUCAUGCAUUGCGGUUAUGUUCAUUGUAUAACU